AUGCUGACGUUACUAGAGUGGUCACUAGAAACGCCCGUACACGUCCGUUUCGCGUUACCAAUGUCUGCGUUUUUUCUUCUUUUUGGAAGUUUUCCAUGUCUCGGCUUAUAGAAAAAAAAAUGAAACAAAGGGGGUGUGAAAAGUGCGCCCCAAUGAUGAAUCUCUUGUCAAUUUACUUGAGGCAAGCAUAGCAAAGACCGGAGGCUAAAUAAAGUAUACACACUUUUGAAGCGAAAAUCAGGUGGUGCAUUUGCCAUCGAACAGUAUAUGCUUCUCAAAUUCCAUCCUGGACUUGAUUGAAACCUGAAAAGUAAUUUAUACAUUUAAAAAAAACGAAGGCACACGGCGUUUCUGAUGCCGUGUUCAAAGUAAUUUCGGCAAUUUCAAAAUUAACGCGUUAUUCGUUUAAAAUAAUUUCGGGAAAUAGGCAGAAUUGGUAUUCCGAGAAGGCGAACAAAAAGUGAGUUCUACAACGAUAUAUCGUUGUAGAUUUCGCGAAAUGCAAAAUAUCCUUUAGAGAAAGGAAAAGGUCACUAAAUUUUGGAGAAUCAGAGAUCAUUUUGCAAUUCGCGCAAUCAAAUUGAGCACGGCAUGAAAUUUCAGUAGAAAAUGCCGAAAUAACUCCAAAAUUUUGAGUUUCCGCGCAGAAGUUACAGCAGUAAAAAUGUUAUAUUUUGCUAGACAACGUAGUUGUUGAAGUAAAAUAUUUAUUAUAUUCUAAUACGUAGAAACGAUCACAUAGCUUAACCCAGUUUGCUCUUAUGGACUGAACUUUAAAUCCGGCGUGGACGUGAUCUUAUCAGAUCGCGUCAGCCGAUCUCACGAGCUCUGCGGAGUGAGAUUCAUUCCAACCAGUUCACGCUCGAAGGACAACGCGGCAACGGAAGGUGAGUUGUCGGGGAGCCCGCCUCUCCAACAGAGGCAGGAUCCCGGCAAGAGCUGAGGAGGUCUAGGAAUAGAUCACCCGGCUCGAAGCCGAAUCGGAAACGUCGAAAGUUUCCACGGUCGGGUACAGGUCAGACAUAGACAGUACCCUCGCUUAGACCAUUGGAUACAACCUAUCCAAAAAUUAAGCGACAGACCAACUUCGGGGGACGUAACCCGGAGGGUCUGAAAGACCAGACAUGAGGUCGCAUUCACGCUGAAACAUUUCAGAAGAAUGGAAGAGAUAGAGCAAGCUCUACUCGGCAUACGGUCAGAGCGUUCGUCCUCAAAAUCAUCGCUCUCGGAUGAGGAUGACGAGACCAAGGAUUUGUCCCCAGAUGAAGCAGGCCCACCAGGCCCAAAGAAGCUUUUCUGCGGCGACAAGAUCCCGAAGUACUCAGACUUCAGGGACGCAGGUAUGACUAUAGGUACCUGGAACCCAACGAACAGUGCAUAGGGGUCACGAUCCCACCGCCUCCGCCACCACCGGAGACCACGCGGAGACUCCGCGUUCGCCUCUCGGAACCCAUCGCGGUAGAAGCGAAGGGAUGGCUAGAGGGCAUUUUUAAGCCCUUUGCGGAAAGAGAAGCAGCCUACAAGGCCGUAAGGAACCUCAUACUCAUGCAGAAAGAAUAUGAGCUUUCAGAUUCCGCUGAUAGCGGAGAUCACGGCCACGGCUCCAAAGCUGGACGGAGUGUUGGCAGGCCAAGUCGACUUGGGGACCAAGAUCCAAGUCGGCGAGAAUAUCCUCAUGGGUUUGAACGAGGCGAUGACAAACGCGUUGAACGCGCUAGCGUUCGGGAUCGCGUCGCUGGAUGAGGACAAGGCCCAAGCUAGGGAGUACCUGCGCCACGUGGGGACCUUCUUGGCGUGGGCCAACUCGGACAUUGUCCUCCUCCGAAGAUAUAGAGCACUGCGGUAA